AUGGGAGCAUCAAAGGCUCGAGUAGCUUCCUUGGAUUGGAUGGAAACAAAAGGUUUUGGGCUUGAAACACAUGUAGCGCAGCAAAGCCGGAGAGAUAAGUUGAGAUUUCAACAAAGUUUAACUUUAGUCCAGCAUCUAGACGACUUCUCUAACAAUUUGGAUCAAUUGGCAGUCGCUCCUGGGCUAACCCCAGAUCUUGUCCAGGUUCGACAUGUUGGGAACGGAAAUAUACUUUAUGACCCAACUUUGCUUUCCUCUGCAAUGCUCAAUUUUGCAACAAGUUCUAAUGUUUUAUCAGCUCAAAGGGAUGCAAUGGUUGAUCAAGAAAUAGGUCAAGCACACCUCAAUCGCCCCAUUGCAGUCGAGGAUUCUUCGUUCUCCAGUAUGUCUCACCCAGUUUUGUCGAACUUAAAUGCUUCACCUACAGCCAGUAAUGGUGAUGCACAGGGAUGUAGCAACUGGACGAAGCUAGGUUCAGAGCAUAGUUAUGAUUUGACUGUUGAUUACACAGGUGGAUCAGUAGUUGCGGAGAGGAAUCAGAAACUGAUGUCUGCUGGGGAUGUCCUGUCAAAUAAUGCAAGGGUAACCACCAUUUCUACGUAUCCACAGUAUUUGAAGCCUGGUUACAAUGAAUACCGAGAUAUUGAGCUUCAAUCUUCUGUAGUCAAUCCCUCAGAUGAAUUUUCUAGUCAAGAUAGCCAAAAGCAGUUCCGGGAAGUGCAGUUUACCACUCAUCCACUUUACCAAAAUACACUGCAAGACGUUGUUACAUCAGGAUUGAUUGGGAGAACUAAAGAAUGUAUUCUCCAUCCAUCGUGUGAAGAUCAAUCAACCGCUUUACAUUUUAAUAAUGUCAAUGCUUGGUUAAGAAGGCCGACUGAGAACUCCCAUCAAUGGAGUGGUGAGUUGGGUCUUAUUACAAGGAAGAGCUCCCAAGAGCUGGGGAUUGUUCCAAAUGAUGAUAAUACUCAGGGCUUAUCUUUGUCUCUUUCGUCAAAUCGGUCAUCUGAAGUCAAUGAAACUCAGUUUGGAGAAGCAUAUGAAUCUGAGUGUUUGCAAUCAAAGAAUGGCUUUCCCCAAGAACCUCAUCACGAUUCAAAAGUUUCCAAGGCAAGUUAUCUGUGUCCGUUGCCAAGGUCAUCAAAUCUCAGUCUCUGUCCAUUGCCAAGGCCAUCAAAUCAAAGCAAAGGUUGCGGAAAAUCAUUACAAGACUUACCGGGGAAUGCUACAAAUAUUCUUCGAAAUACUGGUCCUCUUGGGCCUUUCACUGGAUAUGCAACUAUCCUAAAUAGUUCUAGAUUCUUCAAGCCAGCUCAAGAGCUAUUGGAUGAAUUCUGUGGGGAGAAGGGUCUGAAACUCAUAAGAACAUGCGAGUUGCCCAAGAGGAUACGUGAAGAAGCUAGUCCUCCAGCUUUGAGUGAAGCUGUUAAUGCAGCUGAUACAGGCGAUGAGGCUAAUGAUGGAAAUAAUUUAGGUGCUUCAUCCUUAACUUUUCGCAGAUCAAAUGAAGAAAUUGGUGAUUGUGGAGUAGGAAACAGUUCUUCUGGAUCUUAUAGGCCAGAGUACCAACAAAUGAAGGCAAAGCUCCUAUACUUGCAGGAGGAGGUUUGCAGAAGGUACAAGCAAUAUCAUCAGCAGAUGCAAAUGGUGGCUUCAUCUUUCGAAUCAGUUGCUGGUCUUAGUGCUGCCACCCCCUACAUUUCUUUGGCUCUCAAGGCAGUCUCAGGGAAUUUUAGGUCCUUAAAACAUGCCAUCUCCGAUCAGCUCAAGCAUGUUACAAAAGCCAUAGGAGAGAAUCUGUUCUCCCCAAAUACAUUUGGAAGCAGUACUGCUGGGAGCUUCAGAUACAAGGACUAUCAAAGCUUUCAGAAGAAUAAAUCUGGUGGGCCAAAUGUGGGUUACCUUGAGCCCCAAGAACACAUAUGGAGGCCUCAAAGAGGCCUACCGGAACGUGCAGUCGUGUCAAAUUGGUUCAUAAAUGCCCGGGUGCGGCUCUGGAAACCUAUGGUUGAAGAAAUACACACACUCGAAACCAAAGGUUUGUUGGAAAACAAUCAAAGUUCUGGGAAGAAUGGUGGGAAUUCUACUGAGCCUCCCUGCCAGCCAGAUGGUGAUCACCAAGACUCCAAAAAGCCCGGUACAAAUUACCUACUUAGUAAACAAUUGGAAUUCUCUGGUAUUGGCUCCUCAGGAGGCAGUGGAGAUCAACUAGAUGCAGAACAGUGGAAUCAAGAAAAGAGAUUGAGAAUGGAAUUUCAGGUUCCGAUGAGUGCAGACAGAUCGCUGAUGAAUUUUAUGCCAUAUCAGAAAACUGGGAGUGAAAAUGGAGGAGGCCUUGGCGCUGUUUCACUUACUUUGGGUCUAAGGCAUGGUGUUGAAAAUGCACAACAUCAACAACUGCAACAAAAUGAGAACCGGCUUAGGCGGCCAUUUGGAGGUUUUGAUGAAGUUGGAGCUAAGAAGGGGCAUGAGGAAUUAUUAGUAAAAACUUGCAUGCCUGUGUGCAUGAAAGAAGAGGGUGCUACUGUUACGGUUUGUCAAAAGAGCUGUGAGGAUGCAAGCAAAAUUAUCUUAAGAAACCCAAGCUUUCUCGGGGCGUUAAUAGGAAGUUCUGAACCAGGUUUAAAUCCUCUCCUGUAG